AAUUAUUUGUUAUACAUAAACAUAAAAUAAAGGCAAAAAAAAAACAAAUUACUCAUUUCAACAACUACUUAUCGGGUGAAAAUAAAAAUAACUCAGGCAAAAGAAGUCUACAUCCUAGUCAAAACGUAACAACUAUAAUCUUAUCUUAUUAUAAAAACGAUUAAUAUUAAUAUAAUUUAACUAUCGCCACAUUUCUCCCGCUCUUAUUUUACGUCAUUACCAGAAACGCCCCUUGGCUUAGAACAAACACGUUGCUUUGAAUCGUCACUUCCUUUGGGCUAUAUAUAACCAUCUCAUGUUGCUUUGAAUCGUCACUAUUCCAAUCAACAGUGUUAUAUAAACGAGGCUCUUGUUCAUACAUAUAUAUUUCUUCAGUUACACAACUUAUUGUUCAACUACUACUGCUCACUUGUCUUAAGAGUUUUUACUCUCUUUGUCUACAGUGUAUCUAUCUGUUGCCAUGACGAACACACCGACACCAACCGCUAGCGCUUCCUGUUCUACGUCGAAAAUCGGUGGCAAUGAAAGUGAUGCUCCUGCAAUGUUGAGUUCCGAUGUUGUGUAUGCUGCUGAGCCAGCUGUCGAUGGAAACAAGAUGAAAAUUUCUGUUCCUCUUAACAGGAUGAUAAGCAAGGAUGGUGUUGUUGUUUCUCCAGUGACGAUUGAGGUUCCUAUACCGAGAACAAUGCUGUUACCAGAAUCAGGGAGGUGGCCUGAUCAUGCUCAGUUGUUGUUCCAGAAUCGCAUGAAUUUUAAGGAAAGCGGAAAACCUGUAAGGUUUGUGUUCUACAAGGGUGGAGAGUGGUCGAGAUUCGGGGAUGGAGUGGUUGAUGUGUUGAGUUCAGCCUUUGUAAGUGGCAAAGCUAUGUAUGAGGUGGAUAUUGGAAGCUUUAAAUUUAUAUUUGAUUUUUAUCGUAUGAUAGCUAUUGAUUUUGUCAGGGGGAUAGAGAUGUUUAUAGGUUGGAUGGAUGACAAUAACAAGUGGUGUUUUCCUAAGGUUGUCUUUGAGGGUUCAGAAAACAUGGAGAGUCGCAAGAUUGAACUGGAGCUAAGAACCACUGAGAACAAGUCAACUGGAGAAGAGUUGGGAAAGAGGAAGAGGGAAAGCGAGGAGAACGAAGGGGAGAAGGGAGAAUGCAGUCCAUCUCAUAUCAAACAGCAGCGUGUUGUCGACACUCAAUUGCUGCCACCAAAGUGGCCAAGGACAAGGUUACUGAGGGAGGAGGAGAGACUGAAUCAGAUGAUAAAGGGUUUAAUCUUGUCUUUUUUGAGUGCUGAAGCAACAGUCACUGGUGUUCAUCAGUGUCUUAGAACGGGGCCGCCGUUUCAGACUUUUCAAAACACUGUGGAGACCGUAAGGAGAGCAAGAGGGGAGCCUCUUGAGUAUGCGUGGUAUGGCACAUCGUCCAAAAAUGUGGACUGCAUUGAGCGUACAACAACAACAACAACAACAAACCCAGUGUAUUCCCACCUAGUGGGGUCGGGGGUAAGAUGUACGCAGUCCAUACCAGAUACUGGAAUUGGAGUAGAAUCAACGGGGACUCGGAGCCAGGGUUCCCUUUGUUCGGUGUCCGGGGAAGAGAAAGGAAUCUAUUCGGGAAGCGCUUACCAGCCCCUUUAUCGAUACCAAGGGGAAGCAGGAAUUAGACCAAUAGGGCACUGCUCUAUAUUGGGAAAGCUUGAACAGGUGGAUUUCCAAUCUAAGCAACUGUCUCCGUCAACUGCGGAUUUUGAUAAUGGAGACUUGACGAAUCCAAACUUAUAUGUGGUGUGGCCUAGCUAUAUGAAAACGCACAUUCUACCAGUCUGUAUAGUCAGCUAUAAAUUCGAGCUUCUAACGGUAGGUAAAUAUUGUUCCUUUUCAUUAUUAUCAUUCGUUUCAAUUACUUUUGAAUAUCGUGAGAGAAAUGGAACACUCAAGUGCAAAUACAGGUCUACUAGAUGGUGAUCCUCUUGCUCAUAACGCAUGGAGUACAUUACUAUCCAAGCUAAGUAGUUGGCUUCCACCACCAAAAGUGCUGGAGUUGCAAAGUUUGUACGACUCCUAUAAGGAAGGAGAAGUAGAGAAAGAAAAGUUCCUGAUACAGUUACGAUCUGUUGUUGGUGAUGAGUUCUUGCAUUCCAUUAUUCAGGACAUCCGCGGCUGAGAUGAGGUUCUUUGGUGUCUAAUCUUGUUCUAAGUGUAAUGUUACCUUUUACAUUGGGAAACCAUAGCAGUAGCUAGGAAGCAAGUUGUUGUAGUGAUAUAAAAGAUUCAGGACAUUUUAAAACUUUUUCCUUGUCAUCAUGUUCUUUGUCUUUGUAACUUGGGAACAACUUAUGUUAAACUUUUCAGUUUUUCUUUGAUGACAAGCUUUAUAGACACACAAAUUGCAUAUACGUAGUGCUGCAUGUGAGAAGUUUUACAUUCCGUGUCAGUGAAGCUUCCAAAGAAUGCCCUUUUUAAAUUUGUGAACAACUUCCGUUUAACAACAACCACAAAAAUGUUAUGGCGUGUCUAAUAGCACUAGUUUCAAAAGUUACCUUUUCUUUUCUUAAACAUCGUGCUCAAUCAAACAGGAUCACAUAAGCUAGUGGCAAUAAUGUGUUUGUAAAUUAUGUCAGCAUACUGUGGUAUCAUGCUUCCUUUAUAUAACAGUGUGGACUGUAUUAUUCAUUUAGUGGGUAGCAUAUAGUUUUCAGAAUUGUCACAACUAGCAGGUUAAUUUGAUUGUUGAUAUUUGCUGUGCUUCGAAUGGUUAUUUUAUCAGGCCUUGCUUUACUCGUGCAUGAUGCAUAUACGUAGUGUUGCAUAUUUGCUGUGCUUCGAAUGGUUAUAUUAUCAGUCCCUAUACGUAGUGUUGCAUAUUUUCUGUGCUUCGAAUGGUUAUUUUAUCAGUCCUUGCUUUACUCGUACAUGAUGCAUAUAUGUAGUGUUGCAUCUGAGAAGUACAAACACACGCUCCAUUUCAAUCCAUGUGACCUGUUUUUGAGUUUGAUUGGUCUAUACUAUCCACCAA